AUGGCUGCCGCCACGGUAUCCCUUAACGCCACGUCAUGCACGCAUCACAUUCUUUCCUCCCCUGGUGUUCCUCAAAACUCGUCGUCGCUUCUUCCUCUCCCGUCACUCGCGCUACGUGUUUCCUGCGCGACACGAGGAGCAGUGCCACCGACCUUGCCGCGAUUCCCGGCGACCGGAGCGCGUGAAUGUGCAUCAAGGCGAGCAAUUCCGUUAAGACGUUCGCUCGCGGCGCGAGCUUCGUCGGACGAUAGCGGCUCCGCCGAUACCUCGCAGGCCGACGCUUCGCCGAAGCCCCCGCCAGCAGCGCAACCCGCCACGCCUCCUCCGCAACAAGGCUUGGUGAAGGGCCAGGUGACCGCCAUCAUCACAGGAGCCAUCUCUCUCAUCCUCGCUAUAGGCUACCUCGCUUUAGUGCAGCUGCUCGACUCCAGAGGGCUACAGAUGCUGCCUCCCCCACCUGAAGCCUUUGGCCCCUGA